AUGUCGAAUUCUACGCCAGAAUUCCUCCGAUUCUCAGGACAUCGGUCCUUUACGCAGCGUUUGGUUCUGUCGACGCUCACCGGUCGACCGAUUCAUAUCGCCAAGAUCCGAAGCUCGUCACCUACGAAUCCUGGUCUCGCUCCCCAUGAGAUUUCUUUCUUGCGCCUCCUCGAGGCUGUCACCAAUGGCAGCUCAAUGCAGAUCUCGUACACUGGUACAACCAUUACAUAUCACCCUGGCCUGAUUACCGGAACUAUCGCUGGGUUUGGCGCCUCUGAUGGCGAUGUCAUCAACCACAACAUAUCUGUCAACAACACUCGCGGAAUCUCUUACUUCCUUAUGCCUUUGUGCUUGCUGGCACCCUUCUCUAAAGCGCACAUGAACGUUAGAUUUACAGGACCCGGUGUCAUCACAUCGUCUACUGAGACUGGCGACAUCUCGGUCGAUUCAUUCCGAACGGCUAUUCUUCCUCUUUUCGCCCUGUACGGAAUCCCUCCCGCACGUAUAGAACUCAGGGUUCUUCAGCGAUCUUGCGCUGGACCUGGUGGAAAGGGCGGCGGUGGCUGCGUCGAGCUGCGAUUCGCGAGCCAAGUGCGAUUACCAAAGACUCUGCAUCUCAACCGAAGCCCCGGUCGAAUAAAGCGCAUUCGCGGUGUCGCAUACUGCACUGGAGUGUCUGCUUCUAACAAUGCCCGCAUGAUUCACUCAGCUCGUGAGGUCUUGAACUCCUUGGUACCUGACAUCCAUAUCGCUGCGCAGUACGACCAGGCACCUCUGGUGCCCACAGGUGACAAGGCAGGAAGCAAGAGGCGUCUCGGAAUUGGAUUUGGUCUGAGCUUGGUGGCCGAAUCAAGUGCUGUCGGUGUUCUCUACUCAGCAGAUGUCGUUGUGCCGGCUCAGGGUGGUGUCGUCCCUGAGGACAUUGGCAAGCAGUGCGCCUACCAACUGCUCGAAAACAUCUCACAAGGUGGCUGUGCUACCCAGGUUUCGGCAAAGACGAUGCUCAUCCUUAUGGCUAUGGGAUCAGAGGAUGUGGGCCGUCUUAGGAUUGGUCGGGAGGUGCUUGGAAACGAGGAGAUGGUUAUCCUCGCGAGAGACCUGAGGACAUUUGGCGCGAGCAGUUGGGGUUUGAGGGAUGUUGGAGACGAUACGAAUGACAUUAUUGUUUCAGUUAAGGGUACUGGCGUUGGCAAUGUUGGAAGAAAGAUAGCGUGA